AUGCGUCUUUUCUUCGUCUUCCUGAUAUGGGGGAUGGUUUUCAGCAGACUUGAUGCCCAAACUAAGAAACCGAGAAUCUUCUACCUUCACGUCAAGUCUGACAUCAAAUACAGAUUUGCUACGACUCUCGUAACGAGCAAAGUGGUUAACCCCGACGUCAUCUCACAUGAAUCAACGUUUGACGUCACACUUCCUAACGAGGCGUUCAUUGCUAACUUCACAUUAACUGUUGGCAACGAAACCUAUGUCGGUAACGUCACAACAAAGGAAACUGCAAAGGAGGUGUAUGAAAAGGACAAAAGCCUAGGGAAAUCAGCGGCUCACAUUUCUGUCAAACCACGGGAAACGAAUACCUUCAAUAUUCAAAUCAACGUUGCCGCAGAAGAAAUUGUGACCUUUGAACUACGUUACCAGGAAUUACUGCAGCGGAAGUUGGGAGCCUACAAUCACGUGAUUUAUGUGAAGCCAGGGGAACCUGUUGCGGAUCUGCGAAUCGAAGUGGAUAUUGAAGAAUCGAGAAAUAUUUCUAAGCUCAGAAUUCCUCCUAUCAAGAGUAGCUUGUUUACAAUAAAAGACCAGAAAGCGGCUGAUGAAGCUAUAGCCAUAACAAGGCCAUCACCAUUGCGUGCUAACAUCUUAUUUGUACCAACACUGAACAUACAGACAGCUCAAGGUGGUCCGGAUGGUUUGGAUUGUCAGUUUAAAGUAAAAUAUGACGUAGAAAGGAACUAUGAUGGCGGCGAUCUAUUGAUGGUGAAUGGAUACUUUGUUCACUUCUUUGCUCCGAGUGGUAUUCCUCCAAAGCCGAAGGAUGUUGUUUUCAUACUGGAUAAAAGUGGAUCUAUGAGAGGGAGAAAGAUGGAGCAGUUGAAACAAGCCAUGUCCACCAUUUUGUCACAAAUACCUGGCGAGGAUAGACUAAACAUUUUAACGUUCAGUUCACGGAUUCAUCCAUGGGAGGGUGCGAAAAAACUUAUUCCGGCAACGGCCGCCAAUAUUGAACGGGCAGCUCUUUAUGUCAAACGAACUGAUGCAAAUGGAGGUACAAACAUUGAAGGUGCUCUAAGAAGAGGUGUUGCGUUACUAGACGAAAGGAAGGACAAGACAAGGGCUCCGGUCCUUAUAUUUCUUACUGAUGGGGAGCCGACAGUAGGACAAAGAAAUCCAGAAAAAAUACUUAAGACUGUGAUUAAAUUCAACGAGGAUAAAGUUCCAAUUUUUGCUCUUGCGUUUGGUCAAGGAGCAGAUUACAAGUUUAUAAAAAAACUGGCUGCUCAAAAUAAUGGUUUUGGACGUAAAAUCUACGAAGACUCAGAUGCUGCCCUUCAAAUCUCAGACUUCUACUCCGAAAUUUCUGCAGUGCUCUUACAAAACGUUACAUUUAAAUACCUGCCAGGUGCUGUAGACGAAAACACAUUGACAAAGAAGGUAGUUCCCUACAUGUUCCAAGGAUCUGAGGUUAUAGUAGCCGGUAUGCUGACAAAUGAAGUAACAUAUGACAUCCAACCGAACGUCACGGCUACCGAUUCUAACGGAUUUGUCAGUCUUGACGUUCCUGUAGACGGAGUGGUACAGCCAAAUUUUACACUCAAUUCUGAUAUCUUUGCCAUAACAGAAAAAAUAUGGGCUUACCUUACAAUUAAACAAUGGCUACAGCAAAUCGAUGCUUCAACUAGCGAGACAGAAAAGGAUGAGUUAAAACAAAAUAUAACUACUAUGGCGUUGAAGUAUAACUUUGUGACUCCAUAUACAUCCAUGGUAGUGUCUUUGCCGGACAAUUUAAAGUCUUCUCCAGUGGACCUUCUACCAGACAGCCCUGGUAAUAUUCAACCGGUCCCGAAACCGUUUCAUAGUUCCAGUGUCCAAAGUUUUGCCGCGGCCUUAGGACCACCAGCUCCACGAGCUCGUUCCUCACCACCAAUGUUACGAAAUUCAUUUCGCAGAAGGAUGAAAUCCCCACGAAGAUCUUCAUUAUUUAGCAAGGUGAAAAUGGCAGGUGCCCCCUCAAGAAUCCCACUUAAUUCAUUUGAUGCUACAAAUAGUGGCUCCUCUCUUGGAGCUCAGUUAGGUGGUAGUGCUAGCGUUUCUGCUGGUUUGGGUAAGGUACCAACCGUGGACUCAGGAGGAGUCAUGUCAUUAGGCAUUCCUACCAACACCAUGGCUGUUAAACAAUCAGGCAAUACGAACAAUAUGAUGUCAACUAUUCAGCGUCAUGAAAGUACUUCCGGCUACACUAUGGUGGGGGUCAAAGGCGUCACUUUACCGUUGUGCUUAAAGAACCCCGAUCAGGCGGAUGACACAAAGCGGUACACACUAUUUCGUGAUCUAGACUCGGGAACGUUUGUGAGUGCCAAGUUUGCCCAUUCUCUUGAUGGAACAACUCGGAUUACAAACGUAAUAAUUAGUGCGCAGACAGUUACCAAGUUAUUCCCAACACACUUCGUUGAGAACGGAGUAAGACGGGAUUGGACUUCCAACACAUUAUCGACCUACGUGCAAGGACGCCAUGGGUCAGGAGUCAAACUCGAAGUGACGUCACUGAACAACAACAAGCUCCUUGUAGCAUUUAAUUUCACCGAAAAUGUGUCUCGUAACAUUGACGGAUCUUUAGCUCUUCCAAUAAGCGGCGAAAUCAAGGACAGUCUGAAUCUCAAUAUGUCUCCAAAUCGUAAUAUUAAAAAUCUUUCAAUGCUUGCCCAAAAGUUAAGUAGUACUCGUCAAAUGAUGAUACCGGUGGAGUUAAGUACUGUAAUGAAUUGCUGGAUAGUUCGAUCGAAUCUUCCUUGGGCUUUACAGCCAACUGUGUAA